CUCUGCAAACAGUCACAUUCAAGAGCUCAAGCCAAAGAGACACUCGAGCGGACCAGCAGCAGCCAAAGCAGCAAUAGCAUCCAGCAAAGCAGCAAAAGCAAAAGCAGCAGCAGCAAAAGCAGCAGCACAGCACCAGCGAUUCCCAGCUUCAGACUUCAGUGGCCAACAGAACAGCCAGCUAAAUAUCCACGUUCGUGCGUCGGUUUUUUGUGGCCGGUCGGUGCGGCAGACAACAAAUAGAGAAAUCAAAUCAAAUCCAAAUAAAAUCUAAAGAAUCAUAACAAAAAUACACAUAUAUAUUUUACAAUUAAAUCGCAGUGUUUACCAACAAAGCUUAGAACUUACCCAAAAAAAAAAAGAAAGAGAAACCCAAGUGACAAGUGCAGAAAGUGCCCUCGAUAAAAUGCCCGAAAUAUGCAUGCAAUCAAUUGAAGCAGUGUUAGUGAAGCACUGAAAACAAAAGUCUCAAGCCAGCUAAAACCAAGUUUUUACGCAAGAACUCCUUUUUAAUUUUUCGUUUUUACUAACGCGUUGCCACAACGCGUUGCCUUUUCCAUCGAUCCACCAGUGGGCAGCGCGUCCGAAAGCCGGCAACAUAACGGCGCAACUAUUGAACAGCUUUCUGAAGGGUAGCCCCCACCAGACCACCAUUGACAUCAUGCAGAAGCUCUACGCGGAGCCUCCGCCGAGCAGUGCUCCGGUGAGCAUGGCCAGCUCCGGAGGUCCUCCGUCGGGCGGAGGAGGAGGUGGCGGAGGAGGAGGACCACCUCCGCCCUCUAACAACAAUCCCAAUCCGACGAGCAACGGUGGGAGCAUGAGCCCCUUGGCCCGUUCCGCCUACACAAUGAACAGCAUGGGCCUGCCGGUGGGAGGCAUGUCCUCCGUCUCUCCCCAGGCGGCGGCCACCUUCAGCUCCAGCGUUCUGGACUCCGCUGCAGCGGUGGCCAGCAUGAGUGCCAGCAUGAGCGCCAGCAUGAACGCGAGCAUGAACGGCAGCAUGGGUGCGGCGGCCAUGAACUCGAUGGGCGGCAACUGCAUGACCCCCAGUUCGAUGAGCUAUGCCAGCAUGGGAUCGCCGCUGGGAAACAUGGGCGGCUGCAUGGCCAUGUCGGCGGCCAGCAUGUCGGCGGCGGGUCUGAGCGGCACCUAUGGAGCCAUGCCGCCGGGAUCGCGGGAAAUGGAGACGGGUUCGCCGAAUUCCCUGGGCAGAUCACGGGUGGACAAGCCCACCACCUACCGGAGAAGCUAUACGCAUGCCAAGCCGCCCUAUAGCUACAUCUCGCUGAUCACCAUGGCCAUACAGAAUAAUCCCACCAGGAUGCUGACCCUGUCGGAGAUCUACCAGUUCAUCAUGGAUCUGUUUCCGUUCUACAGGCAGAAUCAGCAGCGCUGGCAGAACUCCAUCCGGCACUCGCUGAGCUUCAACGAUUGCUUCGUGAAGAUCCCGCGGACGCCAGACAAGCCGGGAAAGGGUUCGUUUUGGACCCUGCAUCCGGAUUCGGGGAACAUGUUCGAGAAUGGCUGCUAUCUGAGGAGACAGAAGCGUUUUAAGGACGAGAAGAAGGAGGCCAUCAGGCAGCUGCACAAGAGCCCAUCGCACAGUAGCUUGGAGGCCACCAGUCCGGGGAAGAAGGAUCACGAGGACUCGCACCACAUGCACCACCACCACCACAGCCGGCUGGAUCACCAUCAGCACCACAAGGAGGCGGGCGGCGCUGGCUCCAUUGCCGGCGUGAAUGUCCUGAGUGCGGCGCACAGCAAGGAUGCCGAGGCCCUGGCCAUGCUGCAUGCCAAUGCGGAACUCUGCCUUAGCCAGCAGCCGCAGCACGUGCCCACCCACCAUCACCACCAGCACCAUCAGCUGCAGCAGGAGGAGCUCUCCGCGAUGAUGGCGAAUCGCUGUCAUCCGUCGCUGAUCAGCGACUAUCACUCGUCGAUGCAUCCGCUGAAGCAGGAGCCCUCGGGCUACACACCCUCCAGCCACCCGUUCUCCAUCAACCGCCUGCUGCCCACCGAGUCGAAGGCGGACAUCAAGAUGUACGACAUGAGCCAGUAUGCCGGCUACAAUGCCCUCAGUCCGCUGACCAACUCACACGCUGCCUUAGGCCAGGACUCGUACUACCAGAGUCUGGGCUACCAUGCGCCUGCCGGCACCACGAGCUUGUGACAUCACCAAUACCCGCUGGCUUAAGGACGCGCGGAGCAGAUGCUGCGCUCGCAGCAGCAGCAGCAGCAACAGCACUUGCAGCAGCAGCAGCAGCACAUGCAACACCAGCAGCAACAGCAACAGCAGCAGACGCAGCAGCAGCUGCAGCAGCAACAGCAGCAGCAGGCGGCAGCGCAGCAACUGACAUCCGCUUCCAAUACACCAGCAACAUCAUCAGCGGCCAAGGCCAGCGGCAAGGCGGGAUCGGGAUCGGGUUCAGGAUCGGGAUCAGGAUCAGGAUCUAAUUACUCUCAGAAACUCCAUCAGCAACAGCAGCAGCAACAGCAGCAACACCACCAGGCGCAGCAGCAACAGUUGCUGCAGGAGCUGCAGCAGGAGGACUCCUCGAACAUCACCAGCGACCUGAGCGAGGAGCAACUGCAGCAGCAUCAGGCGGCGCAGCAGCAGUUGUACAACAACUAUCAGCAAUAUGCCGCCGCGGCGGGCUAUCGAAAUUGGAACCACAGCCUGACUUUCAAUGGGGCCGCCGCCCUGCAGAAUCUGCUGUAGCAAUAGCUAUAGAUCCCAGUCCCCAACCCAAAUCCCCAUCCCAAUCUCGACAGGCAGCGGCUUUGUUGCUAGCCAAUUAGCGAGUGCAGUGCCAGUGGCUUUUAGCACUUCCACAUCCUUUCGAGCACGUGAGUCUUCGGGCCGCAACUCGCACUUGUACAUAUACAUAUGCCUCUUCAGUUUUUCACUUCACUUCAGUUCAGUUCCAAUACUAUAUAUAUAUAUAGAUAUAUAUUAUACAAAUACCAUUCUGUUCCGCGGGGCUAUCAAAUCGAGAGGAGGAGCGAAAGAAAAAGUGAUGUAGUUGUAAGUGCAGCAGAACUUUUGUUAACAUUUUUACGUUUUGCUAAAUACACAAAUACAAAAUAACAUAAUUCCGUGCCAUUUGUUUUCGUUGUUUCGAAACAAGCAAUAACAAUCAAAGCGGUUAAAACUAAAAAUUUAAACAAACAUUUUAAAUGUAUCCGAGAGAAAGAGAAGUAGAGAUAGAUAGAAGGGAUCUUGUGUAAUGUUCUUUCAGAAAACCAAAACCCCGACUAAAAACAGUCCCAAAAAGAGAGAUACAAAUACUAAACACCUUUGUCCAAAGGCAAUCGCAAUCGCAAUCGAAUUCGAAUCGCAAAUGAUCAAAAACCAAAAAGAAAUCUAAAAUCGAAACCAUCAUAUUCAGCAGUCCAGCAAACACCCUAAGAAUCUUCAAACUAUCUAAGCAACAAAAAUCUGGCCAUGAAUAAGGAAACGUCACGUUUUUUACUGAAUAAUUUAUCAAAUUCCCAUUUAUAUAUAUAAAGCGCAUCGAUAUAUUGCCGAUAUAUCGCAAAAUCCCGCAUUUCAUUUAUUAUACAUUGUGUGUCUUCUGUUGUUGUACGAAUUCGUUAGGGUAAGGCAUUUUGUAAAUAAUCUAUAAAUAGAUAAAUUUAAGCACCGACUCCCAAAAGAAACCCAAUUUAACUAAGGACCCACUUGCAAGCAAAACAACUUUUAACUAACUCGAGAAUUAAUCAAAUUGUAUGAAAUUAUGCCACACCACUUGAAAAUAAACAUAAUAUAAAUAUAAAUAUUGUAUAGCAUUUAACAUUUAAUUAGCAUAAAUAAUGAAAGCAAAAAAAAAAAAUCACAUAAAAAGCGAA